ACAUGGCGCCGCCCUUGGUUGUGAUAUUAUUAGCUCUAACCUUCUCAGAAGCCGCAUAAAAAAAUUUCGUCGGCUGCGUGAGAAUUCUCGCGGUGAUUAUUGAUAGCGAUCUAAAUUUAAUAAACACAAGCUAUACACAUUAACGUAAUUGACAGUUUGAGUAAUAAUACAAAUUAUAUCAUAACAAUGUCUAUGUUACGCGCUGUGUUAUUCAGAUGUCACAACAACGGGUCGGUGAUUUCAAAGUAUCCUUUGCAGAAAUAUGUUCUGCAAGGAAAAAGCCAAAAUAUAUGGGGAAUAGUGAAAUGUGAAUUAACUAAAAAUACUCAAAGAUGUGCCAAAGAAAAUGUAAACGAGUCAAAACUUUCCUCAUACAUCUUAAAAUUUGGCUUUAGUGGACUUGGAGUGUCGGCUGCUUGCAUUUUGAGGUCAAGUAAUAAAAUCGUGUUUUGUAAAGAAGCUUCAAGAAUAAAUGAUAUAAAUUUAGUCAAUUCGGUUAAUUCAAAACCCUUGACCUUUGAAUGGACAAAAUUUUUUAAAUAUUUAUAUCCACAUAUCUGGUAUUUAUUACUGGCAUUGUCAAGUGCAUUAAUAGUUGCAUUAUUAAAUAUUCAAAUACCACAGUGCGUUGGAAGCGUUAUAAAUGUACUAACAGAAAUAUGUAAAAACAAAGGUGAUUCAUCGAAACAAGUCAUUUUGCAACUUACUCAACCAGCUUUCACUUUGGCACGCAUGUACAUCGCGCAAGCAUUCUUUACCUUCGUAUAUAUUUACACUCUUUCGCAUGUUGGUGAAAGGAUUGCGAUGAACUUACGUCAAGAUUUAUUCAAGUCCAUUAUCAUGCAAGACAUAGCAUUUUUUGAUAAAACACGUUCUGGUGAAAUAAUAAGUCGAUUGACCAGUGAUAUUCAAGAUUUUAAAAGCUCAUUUAAGAUUUGCAUAUCUCAAGGCUUGAGAAGCUUUACACAAAUUAUUGGUUGUGUCGUCUCUGUAAUAGUGAUAUCACCGCAAUUGACCACUCUUGUAGUAUUCAGUUUGCCCCCGAUAAUUUUUAUCGGUACUCUCCUGGGACGAAGUUUGCGCAAGUUAUCGAUGGAAGCGCAAAAUCAAGUCGCGAAAUCUACUGCUGUAUGUGAAGAAGCUAUACAGAACAUUCGAACGGUGAGAGCUUUCGCCGCGGAAGAGAAAGAAAUGGAAAUGUUUUACAAAGAAAUCGAUCGUUCAUGUGAACUAUACGAACGACUAGGUUUUGGUAUAAGCUUCUUUCAAGCUGGAACGAAUUUAUUGCUCAAUGGUAUUUUGCUUUCCACAUUAUAUCUUGGUGGGCAGCUACUCGCCACAGAACAAUUGUCUCCCGGAAAUCUCAUGGCAUUUUUGAUGGCAACACAAACUAUACAAAAAUCUUUGGGUCAAUUGUCAGUGCUUUUCGGAACUUUUGUCAGGGGACAAAGUGCGGGGGCUAGAGUUUUCCAAUAUCUAGAUAUGCCGCCUUCACCUAUGAUGAUUGGUGGUGACAUAAUCACGAAUAAAUCUUUGGCGGGAAAUAUAGUUUUCAAAGAUAUAAACUUCAGCUACCCAACUAGACCCGAUGACAUCAUUUUGAAAGAUUUUAAUUUACACAUUCCCGCUGGGAAAACUGUAGCCAUUGUUGGUACUAGCGGUAAUGGUAAAUCGACAGUGGCUGUGUUAUUGGAAAGAUUUUACGAUGUCGAUAAAGGUUCCAUUACAAUUGACGGUCGAGAUAUCAGAUCCCUUAACUCGAGUUAUCUCAGAGGCAGCGUUUUAGGCUAUAUAAAUCAAGAGCCUACUUUAUUUGCUACUAGCAUUAUGGAAAAUAUCAGAUACGGGAGACAAGACGCAUCGGAUGAGGAGGUGAUUGAGGCAGCUAAAGAAGCAAAUGCGCAUGAAUUCAUAACAAAAUUCCCCGACGGUUACACGACUGAAGUUGGCGAAAGAGGCAUGCAACUCUCUGGUGGCCAAAAGCAACGGGUUGCUAUCGCCAGAGCUUUGUUAAAACAUCCAUCUGUUUUGAUUCUGGAUGAAGCAACAAGUGCAUUGGAUUAUGAAAGCGAAAGAGUUGUUCAAAAGGCAAUAGAAAAUGCUACGAGGGGUAGAACAGUACUUGUAAUCGCUCACAGGUUGAGUACCAUCAAAGGAGCUGAUGUAAUCGUUGUGUUACAACGUGGUGUCAUUGUGGAGAUGGGCACGCACUCGGAAUUGAUUAAUCGGAAAGGUGUGUACUUCACGCUCGUUAACGAACAAGAAAAAGAGAAUCUAUAAUAUUAAUAAGACUUAGAACAUGCAAAUUGUAUCGCUAUAAAUUGUUAC